CCCCGCUGCUCCUCCGUCCUGGCUGCUCCUCCGUCCAGGCUUCCAUAAAAGGGCAGCGCCUUCCCUCUCCUUCGUCCCCCAGGCCUGCCUCCCUCUCCCUCCCUCCCUCCCUCUGUCGCCAUCCCCUCAGGCGGCGCCCCCGGGCGGGCGGAGAAGGGGGCGAGGGCUCCCGUCCUGGCUACGUCCGCAGGGCGGGGAAUAGAAGCGAAGCAUCGGGCGAGGCAGGCAGAGGGCAGCGGCAGCGGCGGGGGGUUCUCUGUCACGCUCGCAGCGCCGACGGGGGGGACCGCAACGCAGGCACGCAGGCGCGCGGGCGCAGGCAGAAGCCAGGCCGGGGAGCCCCUUGAAGGGAGUAGAAAGGAGCAAUGACGGCUCUGGACGGUAUACGGAUGCCAGAUGGCUGCUAUGCUGAUGGAACGUGGGAGUUGAAUGUGCAUGUCACAGACUUGAACAGAGAUGUAACACUGAGGGUCACAGGGGAAAUACAUAUUGGUGGCGUCAUGCUGAAACUCGUGGAAAAACUUGAUGUCAAGAAAGAUUGGUCCGACCAUGCCUUAUGGUGGGAAAAGAAGAAAACCUGGCUCCUUAAAACACACUGGACUUUAGAUAAGUAUGGAAUACAGGCUGAUGCAAAGUUACAGUUCACUCCUCAACACAAAUUGCUCCGACUCCAGCUUCCCAACAUGAAGUAUGUAAAAGUGAAAGUGAACUUUUCUGACAGAGUCUUUAAAGCAGUAUCUGACAUCUGCAAAACUUUCAACAUCAGGCAUCCAGAAGAACUCUCUCUUUUAAGAAAGUCCCGUGAUUCAAACAAAAAGAAAAAGAAAAGGCUGGAUGACCAAUAUGAGGAUGAAACACUUGAGCUGGAAGGACCACUAAUCACACCUGGAUCAGGGAACGUAUAUUCAAGUCCAGGGCUUUAUAGCAAAACUAUGACACCAACUUAUGAUUCUCAUGAUGGGAGUCCUUUAUCACCAACUUCAGCUUGGUUUGGAGACAGUGCUUUAUCAGAAGGAAAUCCAGGUAUCCUUGCCGUCAGCCAGGCAAUCACCUCCCCAGAAAUCUUAGCCAAAAUGUAUAAGCCACAGUCACUUCUGGAUAAAGCCAAGAUCAACCAGGGAUGGCUAGAUUCUUCAAGAUCACUUAUGGAACAAGAGGUGAAAGAAAAUGAAGCUUUACUACUGCGGUUCAAAUAUUACAGCUUCUUUGAUUUGAAUCCUAAGUAUGAUGCAAUCAGAAUAAAUCAGCUAUAUGAACAGUCCAAGUGGGCUAUUCUUUUGGAAGAAAUCGAGUGCACAGAAGAGGAAAUGAUGAUGUUUGCAGCACUGCAGUACCACGUCAAUAAAUUGUCCAUCAUGUCAUCUGAAAAUCACUUGAAUAACAGUGACAAAGAAGUUGAUGAAGUUGACGCUGCCCUUUCUGAUUUGGAGAUUACUCUGGAAGGUGGGAAGACCUCUACAAUUCUGGGUGAUAUCACUUCCAUCCCGGAGCUGGCAGACUACAUUAAAGUGUUCAAGCCAAAGAAGCUAACAUUGAAGGGUUAUAAGCAGUAUUGGUGUACCUUCAAAGACACAUCUAUUUCCUGUUUCAAAAGUAAAGAAGAAUCUAACGGGACCCCAGCUCAUCAGAUGAAUUUGAGAGGGUGUGAGGUAACUCCUGACGUCAACAUAUCCGGUCAGAAAUUUAACAUAAAGCUUCUAAUUCCUGUUGCUGAAGGCAUGAAUGAAAUUUGGCUCCGUUGUGAUAAUGAAAAACAAUAUGCACAUUGGAUGGCAGCAUGUCGGCUAGCCUCCAAGGGUAAAACCAUGGCAGACAGUUCAUAUAAUCUGGAAGUCCAGAACAUUUUGUCUUUUCUGAAAAUGCAGCAUCUGAACCCAGAUCCACAGAUAAUUACUGAGCAGAUCACAACAGACAUUAAUCCAGAAUGUUUGGUUUCUCCAAGAUACCUGAAGAAGUAUAAGAACAAGCAGAUCACUGCCCGGAUCUUAGAGGCCCAUCAGAAUGUUGCUCAGAUGAGCCUCAUUGAAGCCAAAAUGAGGUUUAUUCAAGCUUGGCAGUCCUUACCAGAGUUCGGCAUUACACACUUUAUUGCAAGGUUCCAAGGUGGGAAGAAGGAAGAACUUAUUGGAAUUGCCUACAACCGGCUGAUACGGAUGGAUGCCAGCACCAGUGAUGCCAUCAAGACAUGGCGGUUCAGCAAUAUGAAACAGUGGAAUGUGAACUGGGAAAUCAAAAUGGUGACUGUAGAAUUUGCAGAUGAAGUCCGAUUAUCUUUCAUCUGCACGGAAGUGGAUUGCAAAGUGGUGCAUGAGUUCAUUGGUGGCUACAUUUUCCUGUCGACACGUGCAAAAGAUCAGAACGAAAGCUUAGAUGAAGAGAUGUUCUACAAGCUCACCAGCGGCUGGGUGUGAGUUGGAUGAGACUGCCUGUUCUACUGACAUAAACUAAAUGGUGAUAUUAAUAUUUAACUCAAAAGCUGUUCUUGGAAAUAUGCUGCUUAAUCAAAUUAAGCUUGAAGUGUAUCUUUUCUUGUUUUUAAUAUGGAAACUUGCAUUAGCAGAUACAUUUUUACCUGCGCUAAACAGCGCUUCCGUUAAUCUGCUACGCAAAACCAAAACACAGCUCAUGCCAUGCCUAAGUUUGUGCCUCUUUUCCCCUCUCUCAGCAAAAUGAGGGGCUGAUCAGGUUAAUUUCUGACAAAUGUAAGCUAACCAAAUCAUUUUUAAAACAA